CCCCAUUUCUUUUUGUAUUUCUUUUACCGAAUUUUUUUUUAAUGGCUGAAGAAUCCGAUCCGUUUGAAUGUCGUUUGACCUUUUUAUCCUUAUUACAAAAACUCAAUGCCUCACAACAAUCAAUUCAUAAAGUAGCAAGUUAUGCGAUGCGACACCGUAAAUUAUCAGAAGACUUGUAUAGUUGUUUAAUCGAAGUACUUGAACAGGCGUCCACUAACGCCCGACUGAACAUCAUUUAUGUACUGGAUGCCAUCUUUUCAGCUAGUCAAAAGUCAAAUUUCACUGGUUAUAUAGAACUCACUCGACCUGAUUUACCACGAAUCAUUCAUGCAGUAGUGGCAAACGAUGCAAAAGGUGUUGUCAACGUACCCAACACACAAAAGAUUGUAAAUCAUUGGAAACGGAAAGGUCUUUUUGAAAGUCAUAUCUUGGAAGAAGCAGAAAAGCCGUUAUUAGAACGUGAACAAUGCUCAAAUACAACAUCAACCAACGAAUCAUUUUCUAAACAAGACAUACUACGAAGGAUGGAAGAAGAUAGAGAAAGGCAUAAACGAAUGAAGGAAGAGAUAUGGAUUCGACCUCCUGAAGAAGCUAAAAAUGCAGAAUUUGAAGAAUUUUGGAAAUCAAUUGACAAGUUGAACCCUGACGUGGAUUAUGAUCAAAUGAUGUUUGAAAAUAGACAAAAACUUCCUUAUUACGCUUGGAACACUGUGUUUACUCAAAAAACCCAAUAAAAGAAAUUUUUUUUAUUUAAUAACAAGCAACGGAUACUCUUAGAUUAAGAAUCAUGCAUCCAAACACUCUACGAAGUAGAACAGCACUUUUUUUUUUCGAGUUUUAGAUUUCCACUUACUGC